GAUGCAGAGGUGCACCGGAGUCCUGUUCCUGUCUCUAAUCCUUUGUGCCGCCCUCUCGGAAACACUCGGGCUGGUUUUCUCAGCAAAAGACAAAAGGGGUUGGACUUUGAAUAGUGCUGGUUAUCUACUUGGGCCACAUGCAGUAGAUAACCACAGAUCUUUUAAUGACAAGCAUGGUUUCACUGGUAAACGUGAAACACCACCUGAAGAGGAUAUUAAAGCAGGGAGCCUUGGGAGACCCCUGGCUGAUGAAAACAUUGUGCGCACAGUAAUUGAAUUUUUGACCUACUUGCAUCUGAAAGAGGUGGGAGCACUUGACAAGCUACCUACACCAGAGGAAAUGAACCAGUCUUGAAAAAUUCAUUUUUAUUUCGUUGCAGUGUAGAUUUAGACUGAAUUCUAAACAAAAGACCAAAAUGACCUGAAGUUAAGAAGUAUGGUUUGCAUUUAUUUGAUAAAUGGUAAACAGCAUUCUGCCCUCUGGUUGGUUUGUUGGAUUAGUUUUUGCUUUUUUUUUUUUUUGUUCCAUCCCUCUCCUGCAAUGUCAUUGUGUAUGAUUUUGCUUUGGUAAUUUUU